AAUCUCCACCCGCGACGACCAAGUGCACAGAGCAUGGACAUCAUGGGCGCCCUCGCGGGCCUGCAGGACGAGUCUCAGGAUGAGAAGAAGGAGGAGAAGAAGGAGGCGAAGCCCGAGGCCGUCGCCGCGGUCCACGCCGUCGAGGCCCCGGCGAAGAGCUGCCUCGUGCUCUGCGGGAGCACGGACUGGGUCGCCGCCGCCAAGGGCGCCGCGGGCAAGCAGAAGCAGAAGCAGGACGGCGCCCAGGGCGACCAGUUCGACUCGCCGGUCGUCGUCGGCGGCGCGCUCGCCGGCGUCCGCGUCUCCUACGUGUCCGUCGGCCCUUCCGCCGGCCACGUGCUCGCGUUCGGCGACGGCAAGGUCUUCGCCUGGGGCCAGAACUCGCACGGCCAGCUCGGCCUCGGCGCCAAGGCCGCCUGGUGCGUGCCCGGGCCCACGGAGGCCAAGGCCUGGUCCGCGCCGGGGACGCCCGUCUCCGCCGCGUGCGGCAAGAACCACACCUUGGUGCUCUACGCGGACGGCGCCGUCGCGUCCGCGGGCUGCGGCGAGCGGGGCGCCCUGGGCCACGGCGACAAGGCCAAGGACAUGCCCGAGAUGUCCCACGACCCCAGGGUCGUCGAGGCCGUCUCCGACGCCGUGUGUAUCGCCGCCGGCACCGACUUCUCGCUCGCGGGCGCGUCCACGGGCAAGGUCUACUCCUGGGGCUGGACGGAGUUCGGCAAGCUCGGCCAGGGCGACGACGGCUGCUACAACACCAAGGACUCGAGCAUCAAGCUCACCUACACGGCCGCGGGCGCGCCGGGGUUGGUCAAGGGCCUGCCCGCGGGCUUCGAGCCCGUGCAGGUCAGCGCGGGCAAGAACCACGCCGCGGCUCUGGGAGCCGACGGCGUGGGCUUCACCUGGGGCGACGGCGCCUACGGCAAGCUCGGCCACCGGUCCCAGGAGCAGCUCAACGCGCCCCGCGCGCUCGAGGGCGCGCGCUUCAGUAGCCUCCUCUGCGGCGACUCGUCGACCGCGGGCCUCGGCUGGCCCGAGUACCGGGGCCGGCCCUUCACGAAGACCGCCGGCGACGGCAUGCUCUUCGUCUGGGGCGUGCUCAAGGGCACGCACGGCGAGGGCGCGACGCACCCGGUCCCGAACUACGACCUCCAGGGCUGGGCCAUCGACAAGCACUGCCUCGGCGUCGGCGCGUCCCACUGCGCCCUCGGCGCCGAGGGCUCCGCCGUCGCCUGGGCGCUCAUGCCCGUGGCCUACGGCCAGCUCGGCUACGGCGACGCCGGGCCCAAGAGCUCGCACCGGGCCAAGGAGCUCGACGCGCUCAAGGGCGCGGUCACGGCGCAGUGCGUCGCGUCGUCGGGCCAGACCCACUUCCUCUGCGACGCGGCGUCCGUGAGCUCGCUCCCCGUGUGGACGCCGCCGAAGCCCACGCAGCUCACCGCGCCGCCGGCGGCGAAGAAGAAGGCGGAGAAGAAGAGCGCGAAGCGCAAGCCCUUCGACGACGUCACGAACGGCGCCGCGUCGUCGUCCGCGGAGAAGAAGACGAAGAAGGAGAAGACCUUCGAGCGCGUGAACGUCGACGACGUCUUCAUCGCCGACCUGCAGUCGGCCUUCGCGGGCCUCACGGAGGGCGCGCCGUCGUCGGGCGACGAGCGCCGCGCGUUCUUCGUGAACCUCGUCAACAACCAGCGCAGCAUCACGGACGAGCUCACGCGGAAGCUCGGCGUCUUCGAGCUCCGGUCGUUCCCGGCCGCGACGGCGGAGGAGAUCGUGAGCGAGAUCUGCGUCUUCCUCCUCAUGAACUUUGACGUGCCCACGAACCACCCGGGCAACGGAGUCACGAACCCGAAGAACGGCUGCGUGAUAUGGCUCCGCCAAGGCCAGUGGACAGCCUUCGAGAAAUUUGAAAUGAUAAAGCAGGCGGACGCGAGCACGAUCGCCGCUAAGCUGCUCGUCAUGGACCGCAUCCCGCUCAUCACGAAGGUGACUGAGCACGGCCCGGACGCCGAGUUCGUCGAGAUCAUCCGACGCGCUUCGGGAGGGGACGCCAAGGCGAAAGCCGGGGGUCUCCUCAAGCAAUACUAUUUGAUGAUCAUGGCCAUGUUCGAGCUGCACGCCUGCGCGCGAGGCGCGCCGGCGCGCGUCGUCGGCGUCGGCGCGGAGUCGCGCAAGCUCUGCGAUUGUUUCUGGUCGAAGCUCUCGAGCGUCGACGUCAUCGGCAUGAUCAUGCACCCGGACAAGUGGCACCGCGGCCCGAGCAAAAUCGAGGCCGCCGAGAUCACGGCCGAGGAGCUCGACAAGUCUGGUUUCGAGACCGAGCGCUUGGAGCACGUCGCGCUGGACGACUGCGCGACGAACAUCGCGCGCGCGUGCGGCGUCCGCGACGUGCGCUCCCAGCGCAUGGUCGAGGCGUGGCAGCCCGGCGGCUUCAUGCGCGUGUGGUGGGACGGCCUCACGCCGCAGCAGAAGAAGCAGGAGCAGCGCGACCGCGCGAACAGACUGCCCCACAUGCGAGACGACUGGGUCUCCAAGUACGCGACGGCCGAGGACUACCUCGAGGCCAACCGCGCCCGCACCGCCGAGCGCAACGCCAAGGUGCGGGCCGCCCGGAGCACGUGUCGGCUCCCGGACCCCCCGGGGCAGGAGCCGCGCGAGUGCUCCUGCCUCCUGCCCCAGAAGAACUUCGUCGACCUCGCGCCGGGCAGGCUGCGGAAGUGCCUCGAGUGCUGCGGCGCCGCGGCCGCGCUCCUCGCGGACCAGCGCCUGCUUCCGAAGAAGUCGGACGACGCGUGGUACCCGACGCCCAAGUCGCUCGCGCGGGUCGCGAACGUUGUGACCGCGGGCUUCGAGCCGGGCAAGUCGCCCUUCCCGCGCGUCUACGACCUCGAGGGCGACUUCACGCCCGAGGCGACGAAGACCCGGAACAAGAACCGGGCGAAAUCGUCCAAGUCGGCCGGCGCAGUCCUCGCCGACCGAUCGACGGCGGCGAUGCCCCCCCGACCGCGCCGCCUCAACCUCGCCGCCGUCCCCUUGGGCUUGGUCGUCGCCCUCUUCGUCCUGGGCGCCUUCGCCGUCCUCCGGCGCAACGGGAACCGCUUCGGCGACGGCGCCGACGCCCUCGAGUACCUCUCCGAGGCGCGGCGCGGCGGCCUGGCCGUGUCCAACGCCUACGAGCGGGCGAGCGGCCGCGCGAUCGGCGACGGCUUUUACGGAAUCCCGCUCCUCGCGGCCGUCGGCGCCGCGACGCGGCUCGCCUACGCCGAGGGCGGCGCGCCGGCGCCCGCGACCUUCGCCAUCUCGCCGCCGGCGCUGGCGCUGGGCGGCGACGAGUUCGCGUUCCCGGCGGUCGGCGACUACGACGUCGCGGCGACGUCGGCGUCGGGCGUUGCCGCGGUCUUCCGGGUCACCGCCAAAAUCGUGCGCCGCGAGCUGCGGCGCCUGAGCGACGCCGAGCGCGACGCCUACCUCGACGCCAUCCGCGUGCUCUACGCGACGCCCGACGCCGACGGCCUCCGGCUCUACGGCGACGACUUCAGGAGCGGCGACUACUUCGUGCGCAUGCACCUCAAGGGCGCCGCGGACCGGUCCUGCGACCACUGGCACGACGACGCGGGCGUACUCAACCACCACGCGGGCAUCACCUGGCUCUUCGAGGCGGCGCUGCGGAGCGUCGACGCGACCACGGCCGCGCACUACUGGGACUACACCGUCGACGCGGCCGACCUCGGCGACGCGUGGCCCGAGUCCUUCGUCUUCGGCGACGACUGGUUCGGGGCGCCGGAGAGCGACACGCACGUCGUGUCCCGCGGCCGCUUCGCCUUCACGGCCGUGCGGAGAAACGCCGCGGGCUACGCCAACGCCAGUGCCAAUACGACGAACGCGUUCGGCUUGCUGCGGUCGCCGUGGAACGCGUCGCCGGUGCCGUUCCUCGCGCGGUCGACGUCGACCCUGGGCCUCCGGGGCAACGGCUACGGCACGUUCCCGACCUGCGCCAUGUUCGCGAGCGUGCUGCGCGACGGGAAGCUCUCGACGAUUCUGAGAGGCGCGAACGGCCAGCUCCACGGGCCCGUGCACAUCAUGGUCGGCGGCCACUGGGGCGUCGACGACGCGUGGGCGGCGUACCUGUCGACCCAAAAGUCCAACGACUACUGGCUGCUGCUCUCCAAGUACCUCUGGCGCCAGGGCUACGUCGAGUGCCCGACGGCGUGUUCCGACGACGCGCCGAAGCGCGCGUGCGCGUGCGCGUGCCCCGCGCUCGACGCGGGCGACCUCGACGCGGCGACGAUUUUGGUCGACUCCGACGUCGCGGACCUCGCGCCCCCCCAGGGCCAGUGGCUCGAGAAGCUGCGCCGCGAGACGAACUUCACGGAGGACGACGCGCUGCGGCUUUUGUGCGCCGUGGGCACGCCGGGCGAGCUCUUCACGUCGGCGGCGCCCCAGGACCCCCUCUUCUGGCCGCUCCACGGCAACGCGGAGCGGUUCCUCGCCUACGCGCGCGCGCUCGCGGCCGCCGGCGAGCUCGCCUUGGCCUUGGACGAGACGUGGGCCUACGACCGCGCGCGGUCGCCGUCGGAGACGGGCGCGGUCUGCGCCUGGUCGGGGGACGGCCGGCCGGCCUGCGCGCCGGGCGCCUGCCCGGGCCACGGCCGCGACGACGUCCUGCCCUUCGACGGCCUGCCGGGCGGCCCGCUCACGAACGGCGGCUUCUACGACCUCACGCGGCCGGGCCACCCCGACCUGCCCUACGCCUACGACAGCCUCGCGUCCUGGCCCGCCUGCGCCGGCGACUCGCUCCUCGACGAGGCGACGGACGACGCCUGGCGCUCCCACGGGCCCAACGCGGGGUAA